AUGAGCUUGCGCAGAUUCCGACUUCGCGGCACGACUCGAAAGGUACCGUUUCUCCGCAGACCCGCGCGAGCCAGCCGUGUGCGCUCGGGAGCGAUGACCGCAGCUCGCGUCGUAUCCGCCGGACCAAGCGGCCCCGCGUCCGCCGCGGACGGCCCCACAUCGGUCGAGCCGAGGCGCCCGCGGGCACGCGCGCGACGGACGCGCGGGCUCAGACCGUUGGAAGGAUCGCCGGAACAUCUCGGCUCGGUUCCCCUCGUGGCCGUCGCGACGUGGGUGCUGGGCGUGGUCGUGGGAUACAUCGUUGGCGUGCGCAGGGGCAGGAAACAACGCGAUGAUGCCUCAACGAGCAGGUAG